UUCGCUCGUUCCCUCGAGCUAAGGCCUAGGCAGACACACCACGUACACAGGGUACAGGAUGCAAACAAGACUCGGAUCUUGCGGACGGACAGCAAUGGUAGUUUAGUUGGCCCGGUAGCCCCCACCCCCCCUCCGGGACAAAGCUCGACGGGAGUAUAAGAGCGCUCCCACCCAUGGAUGCCACUGCCAUUUCUGCUCGUCCCAACGAGUGCCAUCGAGAGUAGCUACUCAGCAUGAGUAUUGCGAUGGCGAGCAGGCGAGGGGAGGAGGUCUACGGCGAUGGGCUGGAGCAAGAGGAGGAGUACAUCGACAUGGACCUGAGCUCGGCGGCGGCGGGGGCGGCGGGGAGGGACUUCGAGUUCCACAUGUCGGCGCCGCUCGACCGGUCGGGCCAGCCGCCGCUCGCGUCCCCGGCCGACGAGCUCUUCUACAAGGGCAAGCUGCUGCCGCUGCACCUGCCACCGCGCGUCCAGAUGGUCGAGGAGCUCCUCCUCGACGGCGUCAGGGCCAGGGGGCCGCGCCUCGGCGGGCUCGCCGUCAGCACCGCCCCCGCGACGCCCUGCGAGCGCUCCCGCGGCGUGUCGCCGGCCAACUCGUGUUUCGUCAGCGGGGAGCUCAACGUGGAGGAGUUCUUCCGGGAGUACGCGGCCGGCAUGGCUCUGGCCGACGACGACGCCGCGUCGGCGGCCAGCGGCGAGAAGAAGCCGUGGUCCAGGAAGCUCCGGUUCGUCAGGCAGCUCAACCUCGGCCGCCAGCUCAAGGCCUCCAAGGCCUACCUCAAGACCAUGUUCGCCGGGAAGCAAGCGGGAACAGGGGGCGACGACAAGAACGUUUUAGGCGGAAAGGACCUCUCUGGCCAUAGCCAUGGCCAUGGUCACCACCCCCGGGCGUGGAGGAAGAACCCGUUCGGCCAUAUGAGAAGCAACAGGUGCAUCACCGAGCAGAGCAGCGGCGGCGGCGGACGUGCGGGGCACCGGAGGUCCUUCUCCAGCGUCGUCGUCCGGUACUCUGCAUCGAACAAGACGUCCCCCGCGCCAGCAGCGCCUCCGUCGUCCUCGUCGUCCUCCUCCUCGUCCAAGUCCUCCACCUCGUCGUCGGUCCGGUGCUCGAGCGACUCAGACGGCGCCGUCGGGGCGGGUGCGCCGGCGCUGAGGAGGAGCAGCAGCGCGAGCUCGGAGGCGGAGAACCCCAUCCAGGGGCUCAUCGCCUACUGCAAGAAGUCCCAGCAGCUGGCCUCGGUGAGGAAGAGCGCCAGCGACGCCGGGUUCCGGUUCCUGUCGUCGUCGGCGGCGUCCAAGGUCGCCGCGGAGUCCGAGGGCCUGGACGAGCUCAUCGAGAUCUGCAGAGGAUGAUCGUCCACCGCCCGAUCGGCUCCCUGAUGAACCUUGAAUGUACAAUGAUGUAUGAAAUGAUGCAUUCUGGAAAAUUUUGUGGUACCGAAA